UUGGCGGGUUUGCUUCUGCAAACGCACAGAAGCAGAUAAUCCCUUUCGUCAUUUCCGUGGAAGAUAAGAUCGAAAGGAAAAACUCCAAAACCCUAAUCUUCUCUUCCAAAACCCUAAUUCCAGAUACUCUGCUGAAAUCUAGGGUUUUGGAGAAACCGCCAUGGAAGCAAGAUCCUCAGAGCAUUAAAGCUCGCGACUCUCCCGCCAGUCAUGAACUCCUCCCCUGCCUUUCUUCACUGCAGUUCUUGCUGCAAUAUCCGUUUCUAUCCGUUCAUCACUUCUUCGACCAGUGUGAGUAGGAAAUGCUUUAGAAGGAGCUAUAGGCGAGUGAAUUCUUAUUCAAGUAUUAGGUCAGAGCUUUCAGAGAAGCGUUGGAUUGGAUGCCGAGCUACAUCAUCAGAGACUGAGACAGAGCCCGAGAGCAACAAUGACAAGGAUAAAAAUGGAGAAACAUCAUCUUCAACUGAUCCUCUCAUGCAAAAUAAUGGGCACCUCGAUUCUCAGCCAGUAAUUGAUGAAAAUAAUGCCCAAUCUAUUGGCAUGGAAAGACUAGACUUGAAGGAUUCACUAGAGGAAAAUGAUCUGGAGCUCAAUGCUCAAGGUGGCACCCAGGAGAGUGCUGAUAAUAUGGAAGUUACGAGUGGCUCUCCUCUGCCAGGUGUGAAGCAACUUGGUGAACCCAUCAAGAUCCCAAAGGCAACAAUUGACAUUCUCAAGGACCAAGUUUUUGGUUUUGACACUUUUUUUAUAACAAACCAGGAGCCCUAUGAGGGUGGAGUAUUGUUCAAGGGGAAUCUGCGAGGCAAGGCAGCUAAUGCCUAUGAAAAGAUAACAAAAAGGAUGCAGGAUAGAUUUGGGGAUGAAUAUAAGCUUUUCCUUCUCAUCAAUCCAGAGGAUGAUAAGCCAGUUGCAGUUGUGGUUCCCAGGAAAACCUUACAACCAGAGACAACUGCUGUCCCAGAAUGGUUUGCAGCUGGUGCAUUUGGAUUGGUCACAAUUUUUACUUUACUUCUUCGGAAUGUACCUGCACUGCAAUCAAAUUUUCUAUCGGCAUUUGAUAAUCUUGAAUUGUUGAAAGACGGCCUUCCUGGAGCCCUUGUAACUGCAUUUGUUUUAGGGGUUCAUGAAGUUGGUCACAUUCUAGUUGCAAAAAGCGUUGGAGCUAAGCUUGGAGUCCCGUACUUUGUUCCUAGUUGGCAGAUUGGCUCAUUUGGUGCCAUUACAAGGAUUGUAAGUAUUGUGUCCAGCCGCGAGGAUCUUCUAAAGAUUGCAGUUGCAGGACCUUUGGCUGGAUUCUCUGCAGGAAUUAUUCUUCUGCUCUUGGGGUUCAUCUUGCCACCUUCUGAUGGUAUUGGUAUUAUAGUUGAUGCAGCCGUGUUCCAUGAAUCAUUUCUCACUGGGGGCAUUGCAAAGCUUCUUCUAGGAGACGUUCUGAAAGAAGGAACUCCUCUCUCUGUAAACCCACUUGUUAUAUGGGCAUGGGCGGGCCUUUUAAUCAAUGCCAUUAACAGCAUCCCUGCAGGAGAGCUCGAUGGAGGUCGCAUAUCUUUUGCUCUAUGGGGAAGAAAGGCUUCGACUCGCGUCACUGGUGCCUCCAUUGCAUUGCUUGGAUUAGCCUCAUUAUUCAAUGACGUCGCAUUCUAUUGGGUUGUCCUGAUAUUCUUCUUGCAGAGAGGGCCGAUCACUCCACUCUCUGAGGAGGUAACUGAUCCAGAGGACAAGUACGUUGCUCUAGGCAUUGCAGUUUUGAUCUUGGGGCUGCUAGUAUGUGCACCAUACCCCUUUCCUUUUGCAGCUGAAAGUAUGAGUUUCUAGUGACAGUUUGUAUAUGUAUAUUCCCUGCUCAUUUUUCAUACCCAUGGAUGCCUAGAAAACUGUAUCAGUAAGUAGUUCCCUUGAUUCAGCAAUCAGAUGAGGUAGUCCUUACAUCUUCUGAAGUCGCCAUUUAUUUUAUUUGUUGAGUCCAUUUCAUGUAAUAAAUUAUGGUGUUGAAUGUAUCAUCAAUUAUAUGUUAUAACA